GCAUUGUAAAGCUCUGAUUAUCGGCAAUAAUGGCUGAGAAGUCUCUGAAUAUCAACUACAGCUCCCUCGCCCCAACGACAGAGAUCCGUAUACUUAUUCUCAAGCAAGGAAUAGGUGAUGAUCCGAUUGUAUGCACCCUCCGGCCUGUGGCACGCGAUGAUGCAGAAUACCAUGCUCUGUCAUAUGAAUGGGGUGAUGAAAGCAAGAACGAUCCCUUCAUUACAGUCAACGAUUGCAAGGUUCAAAUUCGCACAAACCUCUUCGAUGCCCUGAAGACCAUAAGACAGCCAACUGAAAACCUGCAGCUAUGGGUUGAUGCUGUUUGUAUUAACCAGUCGGAUGUUUGGGACAAAAGCCAGCAAGUUGCUAUGAUGGGCGAGACGUUUACUAAAGCAGUCAGUGUCAUCUCAUGGCUCGGCCCAGCCAAAGACGAUAGCGAUCUUGCUAUGGAUUUGAUGUCAGACGCCAACUCGCUCGAGGCCAAUCUCCCAUCGUUUAGCAAAAACUCACGCGAGUUAAAAGCCCUGUUUUCGCUUUGUCACAGAAGAUACUGGCGCCGAGUCUGGAUCAUACAAGAGCUUUAUCUUGCGAAGAGCUACGUCGUAUGGUGCGGCAACAGGUCUCUUCCCGACGAAGUGUUUGAGGAAUCGUUGGCAGCUCUGAACGGUUCGACCAGCCCGUACAGCGACGAAUUCAAGCAUAACCCCGCGAACCACCAUCGAAUGGCUCGGUUGUUCCGCUCCACUACUUUUAAUAAUUUGCGCCGGUGGAUAUGGGUCUGCCUCCGUGGUGACUUCCAGUGCACCAGAGAACAGGACAUCAUCUACGCUCUUCUGGAUAUAUCGGAGGAUUAUAGGACAGCGACAGGGAGCUUGAAAGUCGACUAUUCAAAAACUCCGCGUGAGGUCUUUCUGCAGCUUCUCCAGCAGAGGGGUCUUUCUACGUGGCACCCUGGAGAUGAGAAGCGCUGGUUGGAUCUCGCAGAAAAGAUGAAUCUGGAGAUAGAUGAUAUUCUGAGGAGUUCAGUAUCUGAGAUUUAUCGUGGCUGAAGGAUGAUGAAUUGAUAGUAGUCGAAAUGACUUGGUGAAAUCUCUGGUAUAAUGCAGAAGUAUAAUAUCGGCCAUGACGGCUGACAUUGAGAUAGCAAAUCUAGGCUGACGUUAGG